UGUUUUUAAUAUUUUUAUUUUUGUUUUUAUGUUUGAGCUUAUAUAUCUCUAUUAUCAUAACAGUCUGAGUGAUUCUGAUUCCUGAACAGUAAACUUUAAAGUGUCAGCUUUGUGAAUAAAGGUUGGUUAUGUAUCUAGUGAGAAAGAAUCAUGAGCAGAAACCUUUUUAUUUUGGGUAUGUAAUUUCGGUCUCCAUGCCAAAAAAGGGGGGUUACUAGUAAGGGGAUAAAUACCGAUGGAGAGCCGACGGGCGCGUCAGUCACGUGACUGAACUGUCGUUACUUCCUCAGUUACUGUCACUAUGGUUACUGAAAACAAGCCUGACGAGAUCGGAACUGUGCGCUGUUACCUUACAAACGAGGAACACAUGGACGAGUCGUCAGGUGUGACAGACUUCCGGCUCUUCAUCAGAUGCUCUUCUCAAACACAAUGCUCGGUGUCCCCGGGGCUGUGUCCAGGGCUCAGUCGGUGUUAUUUGGAGGAGAGAGUGUUUCCAGUGCUUCUGCCCGGACUCGAGGCUCUGCUCGCGGAAGCACUGGAGCACCGCUGCGUCGAGAGGAGAAAGACGGCGUUUAAUGGCUGUGACUUCCUCACUGAAUGGCUGUACAAUAAAAACCCUCGGGCAGAUCGAACGCCUACACCUUUCCAUUCAAUCCCUUUCGUCCAGAGCUGGCUUCUUGAACAUCCCAGGCCGCCCAUCCCAGCGUCUCUACUUCUAACAGAUGAGCAAGCUGCAGUGUUGAUCCAGGCUUUCUGGAGGGGAUACAAGGUGCGUGUGCGUCCAGAUGUCCAAGAGUUAAGACAGUGGCAGAGAGAACUGCGGGAAGAAAAUUGUGACAUCAACAAAACAGUUCAAGACUUCUGGGCACGUCAGGAGAACAGAGUCUGGUCGGAGCUGGCUGAACUGGACGGCAGUGCUGACCAGCAUGUGGAGGCUGGGGUGUCCAUUGAGGUGGUUCCUCCUACACCUCAGAGCAGAGUCCUGUGUACACCAGCACCCCAGAGCGCCUCGGAGAGAAAAGAGCUGCUCAAGCCAAGCCUCUCUUCCCAGCGCACCGCCACCUUACAUCAUGUCAACAACAUAGCAGAAUGA